UAGCGGUGACGAAACUGUGCUGUGCUAACGUUUUGUAGUGGCAACUUUUGUAGACAGCAAACGGAUAUAAUGUACCUGGAAUUACGGUACCGACUUUUGUAAGAAAAAAUGUCUGGAACGAUAGCGUUCCCUUUACCUCACAGUGCGGUUAUGGAAUUCAGUCCAACAAGGAAUGGCGAUAAGGAAAAUGAUGUUGCUAUUUUGAGCCUGGUCCUGUUUUCGAAGGCCCCUUUUGUGUCUUUUGGGACAGUGAGGCUCGGCACCUCUAAAUCGACCGUUCUGCGUAUUGAAAAUCCAGCCGAGGAGGGAGAGGCCGUUGUGACUGUUGAUAGGAUUCCAUCAAGCAAAGGCUUUUCUGUUAACAACAACACAUUCACCAUUCAGCCCCAGGGCUCAUUUAGCCUGACUGUUACUUGGACUCCAACAGAAGAGGGUGGAAUCAGAGAACUGAUUAUCUUAAAUGCCAAUGGGGUCCUCAAGCACCAGGCUGUUUUGCUGGGGAGAGCGGAAGUACCCCAAAAGAAAAAGAGGAUCUUAUGGGAUGCCAUCAAAAACAAGAGAGGAGGUGAAAAAGGAUCUCCUUACAGGGUAAAAAAGACAGCAACCCUGAUGAAGACUGCUCCUAUUAAAAGAGAACACGUGUCCAAGAAGCCACAGAACAAACGGGAUAAACUCCGCAGUCCUCUUUCUUCACUCAACGAUAAAAAAACGAGCAGCGGUAGGGAGCACAGUCUCCUUCAUGAUCACCUUUUGAAAUCUGAGCAGCAAAAUGCUUUAAAUCCAAUUCCAAACCAAUGCCCUUUGAUGUGCCAGGAGAAUGUGCUCCAUGUUCAGAGGUGCUCUUCUCUUGUGGUUGUCACACAGGAGACAGAGAUGAGAGGUAGUUCAGGUUCUUUGGUGGGGAAGAUUGAAAACAAAGAGAUCACCAAAAUGCUGAAUAAGACACUGUCACCUAUCGGGACACCAGAGAUGUUAAAAAAGUUCAUGCCUCACAUUCAGCCUGUGCAACGUACAUCUCCUGUGAGCUCUAAGACUUUGUCCAGAGGACCAGUGAUGUCUUUGACUGAUGCACUAACACUUAUUAAUGCUGAUAUUGGCCUUAUCAACUGCAGUUCUCAAGACACCAGUUCCAGUUAUGGGUUUUCCGAUUCCCUGGAAUUUAAAAGUGAUGAUCAUGACUGUUUCAAAGCACACCCUGAAAGUCCACAACUGUCUGAGACCACUGAUUCCAGACUUACUUUCUUUGUUAGCAAAAAGGUAGAUGUGCUUGGGGCUGAAACGACUAGUUCUAAAAUAAUGCCUUAUAACUGUGCCACAGUGAUAAAAAAUAAAGCACCAGUGACAAAUUAUGAAAGUGGACGAAAAAUAAGAAAGUCUAGACGGCGACUCAUGAAUAAAACGCCAGAGUUAUCAGAGGUCAACAGCCAGAGUGAGUCUGGUCCCUGCACCCCCCAUAUCCCUGUCAUAGAACCAGACACAAGGUUCCCCAAGGGAGCUGAUUCACUGUUUGGUGACAGCAAAACUGUCCAAAAAUUUAAUGAGAAACCAAGACUUGCUGAUUCUCAAAGGCCCAUUAAUUUACAUGGAAGCUCUCCUCCACCCCGAGCUCACUGGAGUGCCACCCUCUCAGUCUCUUCCCCACCUCUCAUGUUCCCUUCCAUGACAUCCACAAUCUCCUCCCCAUUACCCAUUGACCAGUCUUCUCCACUUCACUGCAGGAACACAAGAAACCAUCAACAAUCUAAGCCAUUUGAGGAAACUAUUUUUCCUCAGCUUGUCCCAGCAAAGGUGUCCGCCUACGAGGAUCUAUUUCCCGUUCAAAUGGCGACAAAGAACAGAAAGAGGAAGAGUGAAGAGUAUUUGAGAAGUGCCAUGAGGAUCGGCGGCGGUAAAAUUGAGCCAGUCAAAAAGACCAAAAUGGUGUCUUGGAAAACUGAGCCAACGUCAAUACGGGAGAGAAGUAUGUCACAGAAGCUGUCGGUCAACUCAAAAGGUUCUAUACGCCCAGUGAAAACAUCUGUAAAGACCAUAAAGUCAUCAGUCUCUGCUCGGACAAAGCCAAGUGCCAAACUGCCUCUACAAGGCACCAUCUCGCUGAGGUCGUCCAGAGGACAGAGUGUCAACUGGGUGAAGAUGGCUCCUGUAGCAAAGUCAAAGUUAAUUUUUGUCAAACAGACUCAGACAGCCAUACCCAGGCACCCACUUCCUUUUGCUGCGAAGAACAUGUUCUAUGAUGAGCGAUGGCUUGAGAAGCAGGAGAGAGGUUUCACCUGGUGGCUCAACUAUGUCCUGACCCCAGAUGAUUUUAAAGUCAACACAGAAAUGACAAAAGUCAGUGCUUUACCUCUGACAAUGGAGAGCACUGGUAAGUUCAGUGUUCCCAAAGCUCCCACCAAAGAAGAGAUGUCUUUCAGCACUUACACAGCCCGACGAAAGUUAAACCACCUUCGCCGGGCUGCCUGUCAUCUCUACACCUCAGAGACGAUGGUCAAGGCCAUUAAGAGGUUGGAAAAUGAAGUGGAGGCGAAGAGGCUUCUCAUUCGCAAAGAUCGGCAUCUUUGGAAAGAUAUAGGUGAACGUCAAAAAGUCCUCAACUGGCUUCUUUCCUACAAUCCGCUGUGGUUACGGAUUGGUCUUGAGACUAUCUUUGGAGAGCUGAUCUCAUUGCAGAGCAACAGUGACACAAUGGGUCUAGCAGUGUUCAUCCUCCAACGUCUUCUAUGGAAUCCUGAUAUCGCAGUAGAGUUCAGACAUCCUAAAGUUCCUCAUCUUUACAAAGAUGGCCAUGAGGAAGCGCUGUCCAGCUUCACUCUAAAGAAGCUGCUUUUGCUGGUGUGUUUCUUGGACAAGGCCAAAGAAUCUCACCUGAUUGAGCAUGAUCCAUGUCUGUUCUGUGUUGAUGCAGAGUUCAAGACGAGUAAAGAGUUGUUGCUGGCCUUCUCAAGGGACUUCUUAAGUGGUGAGGGGAUUCUUCCUCGCCAUCUUGGCUACCUUGGGUUACCAGUCUCGCACAGCCAAACAGUCCUUGAUGAAUUCAACUUUGCUGUGAUGAAUUUGGCAGUUGACCUGAAAUGUGGAAUUCGACUAGUAAGAGUCAUGGAGCUCCUCGUUAAGCAAUGGAACUUGUCACCAAAGCUGCGAUUGCCAGCUGUCAGCCGGCUGCAAAAAAUUCAUAAUGUAGACAUUGCUUUGCAAGUCCUCAAAAACAGAGGGGUUGACCUUAAGGAUGAACAUGGCGCCAUCAUAGAUUCUCGAGACAUUGUGGAUGGACACAGAGAGAAGACGUUGAGCCUCCUGUGGAAAAUCAUUUUUUCAUUUCAGGUGGAGGUGAUUUUGAAUGAGGAUCAUUUGAGGGAUGAGAUUGGCUUCCUAAGGAGAUCCCUGAGGUCAAAACUGAGGUUUGCCUCUGUAAGAGCUGGUCACCCACUUAAGGCCAGUGCACUCAAGAUUACAGUGCCAUAUGAGAACUGCAGCACUAAAGUUGUCCUGCUGAUGGAGUGGGCCCGCGCUGUGUGUGACUUCUACAAUCUGACUCUGGAGAACUUCACUGUGACAUUCUCAGAUGGCCGGGUCCUCUGUUAUCUAAUCCACCACUACCAUCCCAGUCUCAUCUCAGAGGAGUCUGUGCAUCACAGCACCACCCAAACUGUAGAUUGCUCAUCAGUGGGUGGCCUGAAGCCCAACUGCCCAGCGAUUGACUCUGACAGCUCUUUUGAAUACUCUUCCCCGUGCCAAAAUGGCCCUCAGUCUUCCUCUGUGGAGUUUAAAGGACUGCUGGAAAAUGAAAAAAGCAACUUCAGGCUGGUUAAUACUGCCGUGGCUUUACUGGGUGGAGUGCCAGCCAUGAUCAACCCAGUUGACAUGUCCAACACCAUUCCCGAUGAGAAGGUUGUGAUUUCUUACCUAUCUUUCCUGUGUGCUCGUCUGUUGGACCUACGUGAUGAAACCAGAGCAGCUCGGGUCAUACAAGGUGUCUGGAGAAAUUACAGGAUAACGAAAGACUUCGAACUCUAUAAGGAGAGAAACAGGGCUGCUGUGAAAAUCCAGAUGGUUGUGAAACGUUUUCUCCAGCGAUGCAGGGGCAAAAAGCAAAAUGCCGCGUCCAUCGUCAUACAAUCUGCUUGGAGAGGGUUUGUCACUCGCAAGAAACUGCAGAUGAAAAAAGAGGCAGAGCUCCACAUCAUACAGAAUCGAGCAGCAACAAUCAUUCAGGCACAGUGGAAAAUGUUUUCAGCCAUGAAAUAUUACCAACAACUCCGAUACAAAGCCAUUGUUGUCCAAGCACAGUGGCGAAUGAAGAGGGCUGCUUGUACUUACGCAAAAAUCUACUGGGCGACCACUGUCAUGCAAAGAUAUUUACGAGCAUGGAUUCUUGCAAGAAAAGUGCGCAAGAGCUAUCUCACUCUCAGAACCGCAGUGAUGAAAAUCCAGAGAGGGUACAGAUUGUGGAAAAUCCAGAAAACUCAAAGGGAAAAUCAUGCUGCUAGAGUAUUACAAACCACAUUUAGGAAAUGGUACAUGGAGAAAAUAACCAAAAGAACAGCUGCAGCUAUUAAGAUUCAAUCUUUCUUUAGAAUGCAGAGGUGCUUCCAUGAAUACAGAAAGAUGCAAAGAAGCGCGUUGCUCAUUCAAGCCCGCUACAGAGGUCACAUACAAAGGUGCCGCUUUCGAAGGCACAAGCAACAACACAACUCUGCCAUUGUCAUUCAAAGUGCCUUCAGGGGUCACCGGGUCCGGAAACAGGCCAUGAGAAUGAAAAAUGCCUCAGUCCUAAUCCAGAGGUGGUACAGGGCCUCUGCGAGAAGAGAUGUGGAAAGGCAAAUAUUCUUCAAGAUGCGCAGUGCUGCCAGAACCAUUCAGGUGGCUUACCGAAGGAAACAAACUUGCGAGGUGCUGAAAAAACAGCACACUGCAGCAACUAUCAUACAGGCUGCAUUCAGGAAAUUUGUGACCCAAAGGCGCUACCUUGCCCUAAGAAAAGCAACUGUUACUAUACAGUAUAAGUAUCGAGGCUCAGUUUUAGCUCGCCAGACAAAGGCAGAGUUUGAAGCCCUGAGAAAAGCUGUACUUAAUGUACAAUCAUACUGGAGAGGAAGAGCUGACAGGGUGAUGAUUAAAAAUUUCCAUCAGUGUGCUACACUUAACCGGGCCCACUACUUUCGAUACAAGGCUCAAGGGGCUUUUAGGUCAAAAAAGUUAGCAGCUGUUAUCAUUCAGCGCCAUUAUAGGGCUUAUGUAGCCGGCAAGAAAACAAGGAAAGUAUUUCUUCAAAAGAGAACAGCCUGUGUUGUGAUAGAAGCUGGAUUUAGAGGCAUGAAAGUUAGGAAAGACCUGAGAAAAAGGCACAAUGCUGCAACUGUCAUUCAGUCUACAGUUAGGAUGUAUUUAAGUAAAAAAAAAUACAUCGUCAUUCAAAGUGCAGUCAUCAUCAUCCAGAGCCAUUAUAGAGCUCUACUCCACUGCAGAACACAGCAACACAAAUACAAAGAGCAAAAGAAAGCUGCCUUAAAAUUACAAGCAGUUUACAGAGGCUGGAGAGAAAGGGAAGAAUUUAAGAAGAGGAACAACGCAGCGACAGUAAUCCAGGCUUUGUUCAGAAUGCACAGAGUACGUUUGGCUUACCUUACCACCAAGUGUGCUGCAAUCUUUAUUCAGGACCGAUACAGGGCCAAAAUCCUAAUAGAACAACAGCUGAAGAAGUAUGAAACCGAGAAAUCUGCUGCUAUCGUUGUACAGGCCACAUAUCGUGGCUACUGUGCCAGGAUGAAAAUUACACAGAUGCAAUGUGCGGCUAUUGUCAUUCAAAGAAAUUUUCUCAUGAUCCAUGAGAGAAAUAAAUUCCUCACUAUUAAAUCAGCAACUCUGAUUUGUCAGCAGCACUACAGAGCAGCCGUCCUGAUGAGAAAAGUUCAGAUGCAUUAUCUCUUAAAGCGCAGGGCAGCCAUUUGCCUGCAAGCGACCUUUAGAGGAUACAGGGUCCGAAAGCAGUUGAGCAUCAGACAUAUUUCUGCUGUUAAAAUUCAGUCAAAUCUGCGGCGGUAUCAGCAGAGAAAAUACUACGAAAAUCUUCAAUGGGCUUCCUCUUUUGUGCAAGGACGUUACAGAGCCAACAAAGCAAGGAGACAGCACAGUCUGGCUUUGAGUGCGAAGACACAUGCAGCCAUUGUCUUACAAGCUGCUUUCCGGGGAAUGAUUACAAGAAAACUUGUUAAACAAAAGCAUCGGGUUGCCAUUAUUAUUCAGAGCGCUGUGAGAGCCCACUAUGAACAGACAAGGUUUAUUGCCUUAAAAUCCGCAGUGCUUGCCAUACAACGUAGAUACCGCGCCAUUGUGGCAGCCAAAGCUCAAAGGCAGCAUUACCAAAACAUUCACAAGUCUGCCGUUAUCAUUCAGGCUGCAUACAGAGGGAUGCGGGUCAGGAGGGCUGUUGCUGGUUGGCAUCAGGCUGCCAUUUUGAUCCAGUCUGCUUUCAGAAAGCACAGAGAAGAAAUCAAAUUUCAGGAAAUGCGUCUGGCAGCAGUCGUCAUCCAGAGAUAUUACCGGGCCUAUUUCCUUCAGAAACAAGACAGGAGAUGCUACCUGGAAGUCAUAUCCUCAACCGCCAUUCUCCAGGCAGCUCUCAGAGGUUGGUCUGUAAGACGAAGAAUUUCUAUAAUGCACAGAGCAGCAACAGUCAUACAAGCAAACUUCAAGAGGCAUAAGCAACAAUUUCUCUUCAGGAAACAACUCUGGGCUGUUCGUGUCUUACAGCAGAGAUUUCGAGCCAUGAGACAGAGAAACCUUGAGGUAAACCAAUAUCAAGAAGUUAAAAUUGCUGUAAUUCGACUACAAGCUACAUUCCGUGGAAUGAAAACAAGACGAUCCAUCAAACAAAUGCAUCUGGCUGCAACUGUAAUCCAGUCAUCUUUCAGAGGACACAGAGAGAGAGUCCAAUUCCAGGCCAUGUGUUUGUCAGCCAUCAUCAUCCAGAGAUGUUAUAGAGCCCAUGUUCUUCAGAAAAAAGAAAGGAACUACUUCCUGAAAAUCAGAUCUUCAGUGAUUUUUCUGCAGGCAGUUUGCAGGGGGUCUUUGGAGAGAAGAAGAAUUGCCAAGAUGCAUAGAGAAGCUACAAUCAUUCAAGCAAACUUCAAGAGACAUAAGCAGCAAUUCCUCUUCAGGAAACAACUGUGGGGUGCCUGUGUUUUACAGCAAAGAUUUAGAGCUAUAAGGCAUAGAAACAUUGAGGUAAAACGUUAUCAAGGAAUCAGGAAUGCUGUGAUUAGUCUACAAGCUGCCUUCCGAGGAAUGAAAUCCAGAAAAUCUAUUAGGCGAAUGCAUCUGGCUGCCACUAUUAUUCAAGCAGCUUUCCGAGGCCAUUGUCAGUUCAACCAGUAUAUGAAAAUAAAAUCCUGUGUGCUAACCAUUCAGCAAAGGUUUCGCGCUACUGCAACAGCCAAAUCUCAAAGAAAACAGUACUUGAAAACACGCAGCGCAGCUAUCAUCUUUCAGGCGGCAUAUAGAGGCCACCAAACCCGAAAGCACCUUGCUCAUUUACAUCAGGCUGCAACUAUAAUCCAAUCAGCAUCCAGAAAGCAUGUUGAAGUGGUAAACUUUCAGAUCAUGGAUUCAUCUGUUGCAGUCAUUCAAAAGUACUAUCGGGCUUUCAUUCUUCAAAGGCAAGAAAGAAACAAGUUCCUGGAAAUCAAACGGUCCACAGUCAUUCUUCAGGCUGCAUAUAGAGGUCACCGGGUCAGAAGGGACAUAAGGACACAAAGCCGCGCUGCCGGUUUGAUCCAGUCAUACUGGAGAUGCUCAAUACAGAGGCGUAUCUUCCUGAAGAGAAGAGUGGCAGCUGUGAAUUUGCAACAGAGGUUCAGAGCAGUGCAGCUUGGCAAAGUACAACGACGAAAGUUUGUCCGAGUAAGACAGGCUGCCAUCAUAAUUCAGAUUCAUUGCAGAGCCUGGAUUCUACAAAAGCAGGAACUUGAGAUGGCCAAAGCACAGACAAGACUUUGUUUUGCUGGGGCAGUCUACCACCACCUCAGUGCUAUAAAGAUCCAAAGAGCUUUGCGAGCACACUGGAUCUUGGAGUCUGCUAAGAGACAGAUACAUUCUGUCAUCAUUAUACAAAAUUUGGUGCGAGUGAGGCUGCAAAGGAGACGCUACCUGGCAGAACGAAGGAAGGUGGUUACAGCCCAGCGAGCAGUCCGCCGUUGGUUAGCUCAUCGCCACAAUUCUGCUUCUGUCAUCCAAGUUGCUGCUCGAAAAUUCCUCCUCUUCAGGCGCCAGAAGAGAGUUGAACCCGGCAUUGUUAAAGCACAGGCGCUGUGGAGAGGACAUGUUUCCCGCCGACUGAAUGACAAUGCCAAAGUAAUAAAGUUGAGGCAAAAUUUGCGGAAAGUCUCAGCUGGUGUCCAAGAGGAGGACAAAUUGUGCAACAAAACCUCAUCUGCCCUGGACUGCCUUCUUCGAUACAAACACUUCUCCUCCAUGCUCGAGGCUCUAAAAAACCUAGAAGCUGCCACCAGGUUGUCGCCUCUGUGCUGUGAGCAUAUGGUAGAGAGCAGCGCCACCAGUGUCAUCUUCACCCUUAUCCUCUCGUGCAACAGGAGUGUGCCCUGCAUGGAUGUCAUCAUCCACUCGAUCCAGAUCCUUCUCAACCUCUCGAAGUACCACAAAACCAUUGAGGCUGUAUAUUUGGUGGAAAACUCAGUGGAGACACUGGUAGACCUCCUCCAGAGAUACAGAGAAAAAGCGGGUGAUAAAGUAGCAGAAAAAGGCGGCAGCAUCUUCACCAAAGCCUGCUUUCUACUGGUUCUGCUCCUGCAAGAAAAAUGCCAUGCUGAGGAGGUUAUCAAGCGUCCUAAACUAUUGGAAAGGAUAAAAAGUAUCUACCGCCUCACUCUUCGUAAAUACAAGAUGGAUGCAGAAAGAAAUGUGAUCAGACAGAAGAUUAAUGCAUCAUUCAAUGGAAGGUUCUGUGCUUUAACAACUCCAAAUAAAUCCCGUCCUGUGCCAAAGUUUGCACCUGACUGGGUUCUCGGAAAGGACCAACUUCAAAAUAUAGUGGAUCCUCUCCAAGCCAUUCAGAUGUUGAUGAACUCACUCUCUAUAGUCAUGUAGAUAAACCUUCAAAAAUUCACCUCCCAUGGCUUUGUGUAUUUCAGAAUGUCUUUUGUAAAAACGUUUUUACAAAUACAAUUUCAUAACCACAUUAAAUUGAUUUCUGUUGCAUGUUUGCAAGACU